CAACAACCCACAUGUGGCCUACGGGCGCCGUUGCUGUGCCGUGCUAGCAAAAAACUGGGUUUCUGGAGAAACAUCAUAUUUUAAAAUAAAGACUAUACAGUUGACUACACGCGUACUGUUUACGACUACAUUUGAGCCAAGAUGCCUCCGAAGAAACCCGCUCCGACCGGGAGUAAUAAAAAAACUCAAGAGAAGAAAAAGGAAAAGAUAAUUGAGGACAAGACGUUUGGCCUGAAGAACAAGAAGGGGGCCAAACAACAGAAGUUCAUCAAGAAUGUGACUCAACAAGUGAAAUAUGGACAACAAAGUGCCAGACAGAUUGCCCAGUCAGAGGCAGACAAGACCACCAAGAAGUCAGAUAAGAAGAAGGAGUUGGAUGAGCUCAAUGAGCUCUUUAAACCUGUAGUUGCAGCUCAGAAAGUCAACAAAGGUGUUGACCCCAAGUCAGUGCUGUGUGCGUUCUACAAGCAGGGCCAGUGUACCAAAGGUGAUAAGUGCAAGUUCAGCCAUGAUUUGUCCAUGGAGCGGAAAUGUGAGAAGAAAAGUGUCUAUGUGGAUGAAAGAGAUGAGGACCUGGAGAAAGACACUAUGGAGAACUGGGAUGAGAAAAAGCUUGAGGAGGUUGUCAACAAAAAACACGGAGAAGCUGAGAAGAAGAAAGCCAAAACACAAAUUGUGUGUAAGUACUUCUUGGAGGCCAUAGAAAAUAAUAAGUAUGGCUGGUUCUGGGUGUGUCCUGGGGGGGGUGAUAACUGCAUGUAUCGGCAUGCCCUGCCACCUGGCUUUGUACUGAAGAAAGACAAGAAGAAGGAGGAGAAAGAUGAAGAGAUCUCGCUGGAGGAACUGAUAGAAAACGAGCGUGCAGCUCUGGGUGCAAAUGUGACUCGGAUCACCCUGGAGACUUUCCUGGCUUGGAAGAAGAGGAAAAGGCAGGAGAAGGUGGAUAAAGCAAAGGAGGAGAUGGAGAAGAAGAAAGCUGACUUUAAGGCUGGAAAGUCGUUGGUGGUGAGUGGCCGAGAGGUGUUCGAGUUCCGUCCAGAGUUGGUCGAUGAUGACGACGCUGAAGCCGACGACACUCGAUACACAGACGAAGAAGAGGAAAGUGAUGAGGAAGAGAUUGAUAUUACAGAGGUCCAGGACAUAGACUUGACCCGUUUCAUUCCACAAGAAGUUGACUGCAGUGGCAUUACAGUAGCAUCUCUGGACCGUUUCACCUCUAAGAAGACUUCAUCAGGAACAGAAAAUGAGGAGCAGGUUAACGGAGCCUGUGGUGGUGCAGAGGCCAACGGACUUUCGGGAGGAGAAGGGGAGGAUGGAGGAGGGGAGGAAGACGAGGAUGAGGAGGACGAGGAGGUACCAGUGGAUGAGAAUCUAUUCACAGGAGAAGACCUUGAAGAGCUUGAUGAAGAGCUCAACACACUAGGACUGGAGGACUGAGAGCAAGCGCAGGAGGAGGAAGCAAGAGGUGGACGUAAGGACGGACUAAGUGACAUAGAGAUGGACUGAUGGAUGCAUGGAGCUAAACAACCAAGAGACCAGAUGUUCGAAAGAUUUUAAAUUUCAGAGACUCCAAUAAUAAAGCCUGAUUAUAUCAUGACAUCACUGCCUGUCUCUGCCCCCUCUGUCUCUGUGUCCCCAGUCUGUCCAGCAGCUGUUGAGAUUUCCACAGCUGGGCCAUGUACGGUUUAUCAGGGCCACCUCCACAUGAAUGUUGUCUGCCAGAGUUUGUGUUAAAUGAAUCUGGCUGCUGUUGUGCAUCACUUGUCGCCCAACCAACCCGCAGGCUUGUUUAAUUACUUUUGAUAAACUAUAUAUAAUAUUGGGACUAAAUAUUGAAUAUGGUGAUUUGCAGAGUGAAAGCACUGUUCCUGGAGAUUGUACUGUAGCAAACAGCUUGAUUAAAUGUUUAAAUGAGCUGCUGUGAAGUGAAGAAUUUACCAGGAGUCAUUGUGCUCUAGGAAGUGUCACCUGCUCUCCUAUCAAAAUAAAAGCUGUAGUUAAACGGUUAGUGUCAACAUCAUUCUUCAAAGGUAUUUUGUUCAUUAGGUUGAACUAGGUGUAGGCCUAGCUUCUAAAACAUCAAGCUUUAUUUCUGAGACUAUUGGUGCUGUAAUAACAGCAAGAAGAGCAAAUGUGCCCAUUGCCAGUCCAGUAUGUAAAUAAUGCUCUUGUGGCUCGCCUCCUGAAGAAAUAAACUAUUACUGUA